AUGGCGACUCUUGAGGAUGGUGCGGGUCGGGACGAUCAGACAGUCGUAGAGGCUCGUUCUGAGACUGUCUCCCUGACCGACCAGACCAACCUCCUCCCGCGCAGGAAGGUCAUCGCCGUCUUCUUCGGGCUCUCGUUGUGCAUCCUCGUCUCCUGCCUGGACGCAACGAUCGUCGCGACUGCGCUCCCCACCAUCUCCGCCGCCUUCAACGCCGGCUCCGUCGUCUCCUGGGUCCCGUCCGCCUACUUUCUCACCUCGACCGCCUUCCAGCCCCUCUAUGGACGCUUCAGCGACAUCUUCGGCCGCAAGGCGGCACUCUGUAUGGCCAUGGGUAUCUUCAUGCUGGGCAGCCUCGCCGCCGGGUUUUCGCGUAGCAUCACGCAACUUAUUGUCCUCCGGGGCCUCGCGGGCGCAGGAGGCGGAGGCAUCGUGAGCAUGGCCCAGAUCGUGAUCUCCGAUGUGGUGUCUCUGCGGGACCGCGGGAAGUACCAGGGCAUUAUAGGGGUGGUCGUCGCCUUUGGAUUCGCCGUGGGUCCGCUGCUCGGCGGCGUGCUCGCGGAGAAGGCCGGCUGGCGCUGGUGCUUCUGGGUGACGCUCCCCGUCUCGGCGUGCGCGGUCGCUGUCGUCAUCCUCGUUGUGCCCUUGAAGCCGGUCGAGGGUAAUAUCGGAAAGAAGCUCGCCGUGGUGGACUACGUCGGAACAGCCCUGACGUUGGUCAGCUGUACACUCGUCAUCCUCCCGCUUAUCUGGGGUGGAGUGACAUUUCCAUGGUCGUCACCGAUCGUUCUGGCGCCCUUGUUCGCUGGGGCGGUUACGGUCGCGUUCUUCUGCCUCUGGGAAUGGAAAGGAGCCCGUCUUCCUAUCGUUCCGAUGUACAUCUUCAAGCAGGUCACCGUUACCGGCGUGUAUAUCACCAUGCUCAUCAACGGCUUCGUAUUCUACUCCUCGCUAUUCUACCUGCCCCAGUACUUCCAAGUUGGACUUGGGUACUCCGCCAUUCGCUCAGGCAUCUUCCUUCUCCCGGUGCUAGUUAGCCAAACGCUUGCGAGUUUCAUCUCGGGCCAAAUCAUUACGUGGACGGGACGUUACCGGGCUACCAUCUACGUUGGCUUCGGCAUCUGGACCAUCGCGUGUGGAUGCCUAUCCACGGUGACCCCUGAUACGGCCAAAGGUCUACUCGUGUUCUUCAUGCUUCUGGCAGGUACAGGAGCAGGUGGCACUCUCCAAACGACUACGGUCGCCGCACAAGCCAGCGUAUCGAGGCGCGACAUGUCGGUAGUCACUGCAGUAAGAAACUUUAUUCGACUGCUCGGAGGAACACUAUCGCUCGCUAUUGGCGCGACCAUCAUUAACAACUCCCUCCGCCACUCUAUGACAUCGCUCGGACUACCCUCGUACACAAUCUCGACGAUUCUCGACGAUCCCACUAUCCUCGGCGCUCGCACAUCUGCAUCGGAUGCGAGCUUCGCAAGCCUGGGCGUCAGCCCCGCCGUUGCAGAGCGUAUCCUGGGCGCAUACGUCCGAGGCUUCCGGACGGUCUUCAUCCUCAACGCCAGCCUCAACGCGGUGGCCACGCUCGCGGCAAUCCUGCUCAUCCGACACACCGAGCUUACGCGGGGUGACGAAGAUGACUUGCGCAAAAAGGCGAUAGACGAAGCUCUGCAGGCUUCGGAGAAAAACAGCAUCAUGGAGGCGAAAGCGGAGUCUCCCUCCCUCCCCAGUGCUCCCACCCAAAACGUAUGA